GAGUGGGAAAUCAUCAAUCCAGAAAGUUGUGUUCCAUAAGAUGUCUCCAAAUGAAACGUUAUUUUUAGAAAGUACAAAUAAAAUAGUGAAAGAUGAUAUCAACAAUAGUUCCUUUGUACAAUUUGAAAUCUGGGAUUUCCCAGGGCAAAUAGAUUUUUUUGAUCCCACAUUUGAUUCCGAAAUGAUCUUUGGUGGAUGUGGUGCGCUCAUCUAUGUCAUUGACGCACAGGAUGAUUACAUGGACGCCUUGGCCAAACUUCACCAGACUGUAUCACGGGCGUAUAAAGUAAAUCCUAAUAUUAAACUUGAAGUAUUUAUCCACAAAGUAGAUGGUUUAUCAGAUGAUCAUAAAAUAGAAACGCAGCGAGACAUUCACCAACGAGCCAAUGAUGAGUUGGCAGAUGCUGGACUAGAUAAUGUUCAUCUCAGUUUUUACCUAACUAGUAUAUAUGAUCACUCCAUAUUUGAAGCUUUCAGUAAAGUUGUUCAGAAGUUAAUACCACAGUUACCGACAUUAGAAAAUCUUCUUAAUAUUUUAAUAUCAAUUGGUCUUGUUUAUGAAUUGGUGGCUGAAUCUGUACUGCGGGAAGAAAAUGAAAGCAGUGCUUAUGAUUCAGAGUCUAGUUCUAUAAUCAAACUCAACAAUGCAACGAUAUUAUAUCUGAGAGAAGUCAAUAGAUUUUUAGCAUUAGUUUGUAUUCUAAGAGAAGAUAACUUUGACAGGCACGGUUUGAUAGACUACAACUUUCACUGUUUUCGUAAAGCCAUUCAAGAAGUAUUUGAAGUACGACUUAAAUCUCAACAAGGAAUGUUAGUCGGCACUACGAUUGGAUCCAGUGACGCCGGCAGUCCUCAAAGCAAUGGUACUAAAAAAGCUGUACCAGUGUGAAGAAAUGGCCCUGGGUUAUGAACUGAACAAUAACUGUAAUAUAUGCAAGUCAUACUGCGCUGUCAAUAUUUCUGUACUACAGAGUUGUAUGGACAUGGACAAGCUUUUCAUCUUUCCUUUCAAGUGAAAAACUGCUGGGUAUUUAAGGAGGGGUGUGACUGGCAACGUGGCGCCCUCUACAUAGUAUGUGUAUUGUGAAAUGCAACAUUUAUAUUGGCAAAUUGUAUCGCUAUAAUUGAUCUAUUUCUGUGGGAGAAAAAGAUACUGUCCAUACUUGACAGCAUGGCAAAUUAAUACUUUUGAUAUUAAAGUUGGUGAGAAAAUCCGUUGUAAAUAAA